UCCACAACCACUUCGAGCCUGUGACACGCGGUCCAAGGCUACGGUUGACGGUCAAGAUCAAAGAAAAAAAACGAGAGGGUGACGGACGUGGAACGCCAGGGAAGUUAUCACGCAAUUUUCGUGGUGAUAACGGUGCGCUUCGAUCAGUGAGAAUCGUCAAAUUCGACGGAAAAGGCAGGCAACAAUGAGGAUAAUCGCGCUGGUUCUUUUCUUGGUCCUCGGACUCGCUUUGCACGCUCAUUGCAUGGCAAUGGAGAGGAGCAAGCCAAAGGAGGAAGGUAUCCUCGAGUGUAUAUUCACCAACAACGCCAGAAGUUGCCUUAGGACGAGAUUAGCCCGCGACCUGGACCAGAUCGAGUUAGAAGUUACCGGGAAAAAAAGCGAGCCACCGAUGAGCGCGGUGAUCGAACAGGCUGGCAAUGUCAUCGCUGAAGUCGUUGAUGAUCUGCAGGAGAAUAAUGCGGAAGAAAUCAUCAAGGAGGAUGACGCUCAAAAUGACAAUAUAGAAGAGGCGCGCAAGAAGAAAUUCAAGAAGAAACAUCUGCAAAAAAUUCUGGGAUUAGUGAUGCUGCUAAAAGCGAAACUCAGCCUGUUGCUGCAGCUGAUAAGCACUCACUUCCAGUUCAAGUUCUUCAUCAUCGCCAUCAUCUCGUUGAUACUGAACGCUGCCAGAUUCUGGAUAGAGAUCAAAAAGCCUUCUAAAGUUAUCUACUACGAGCAUGCACAGCAUCAGCAUCACUACGAUCACGAUGAUCACGGUUACUGGGGAAGAUCGUCGAAUGAGACGCCUCAUGAACUUGCGUACCGCUCUUACGCACCUACGGACUGAUACCAAAAUCGCAUAAAUUUGACCGAGGGGACGAUCGUUUUGCGCGAGAAAGAUCAAAGAAGAACCGAACGACGACGCAAAUUUCAUCGCAAUAUGAUUAUCGUUUCACCACAUCGUUCUUUAUUUAUUUUAUAGUGAAUCUUUAGUCCAAAAGUCAGGAAAUAUCUGCGACAUAACGUCGAUAUUUAUACAUUGUAUAGUAUUUAUUUAUUUAAUUUACUGCAUGCUACGUUGGCAUAUAUUACACGAUCAUCUUGAAUUUCACUUUAAUUAAUGAUGGAUGAUCUAAGAUUUCUCUGACCUCUCUAAUUAUCAUAUAUAAAAAUAGUACUCUUUAAUCACCUUAAGUCAUACCAAAGUUACUUACGAGUACCUGUUCUGUCUCGCCACAAAGAGAUUUUCUUAGGAUCAACUAUUUUAAUUAAAAGAACAUACUAUCACUCGUAUCGUGACUCGACAAAUCUUUAA